GCCCAAGCAAUACCCAAACUAGAGCAAACGCCCUAACGCCAUAGUCUGUAUACUAGAACCUGCCUCAUGUUGCGUAACGAGCCUCCGCAUGGCUUCUCUUCGCUCAAUUGGGGUUCACAAACCCGCAGCGCUGCAGUAUCUGGUGCAAGAAGGCAUCCUCACCGAAGAUAGUACCGACCGCGACUAUAUCUGGGACACGUACGCCGACGAAGGCCCCGAUGGCCCUACCGACGAACUUGUUACAACCGAAUAUCACGUUAUCUGGACCCGGGGCGGAGUGGUGCGCAAGAUCUUCAAUUUCAGCGUGGAGAAAGAGAAGGUCAAACAGGCUCUCUUGACAUGGUUCCUGGUCGAUGAGACCUCACAUGGUGCCACUGAAACAGCAGAAAGUGGGGUUGGACAUAACGGGAUCAAUCAGUUCAAAAGCUUCCUGACCCAAGGCACACAGCCUGCCACGAACCCACUUGCGCCGGUCGAGACUGCGCCGCCGACAGUCGAGGUCCCAUCGCGUGCUCUGGUCGUCUUCCUCAAGUCGCAAGCACAUGUCUUCUUUCUCUCGGGCACAACACAUAUCGUCAACCUUCCCUUCGAGGUGGACAAGGCUUUUCCUGCAGCUCGCGGUGUCGUUGUGCAAAGGAAACUUGCACCUACACAGCCUGCGCCUACCAGUCCGCAGCUACCUUCGGCCCCAGUCAGUUCAUUCGCUACGAACAAUCAAUCGUUUAUUUCCCACCAGUUUUCCCUCUCUCAGAGCUUCUCGCAAUCCCACCGUCGGCAUGGCUCAUCACUCAGUGGAACGCGACAUGGCAAGUCCCGUCUGUCAGGCACAGCCACGUUCCUGGAUGACUUUAUCAACCCGUCUGCGCCCUUGAAUCCGGAAGCGAUACCUAGGCUAUAUUCAUUCACUGAUCCGCUAUCGGAACUUGGAUUAGUAGUCAAUGUCGUCUCGGUUGGUGAGCGCAGCAGUCUACUGAGCACGCACACGACUAGUCACCGGCGACUGGAAGCUAUCGACAAAGCCGAAGACAUCAUUUAUGUGUCUCCGCGGAAUGAGCUUCUCUUUGAUCGAAGUGGGAAUGAUAAGCCCCUCCUUUUAGUAGUCACAGCGAACCACGAGACGAAUGUAUUUACCAUCUGGUCUGCGGCAUACCUUGAGCCAAAAUCAAUAUCAAGUUCUCGCAAAACACACGUCUCCAUACCAGUAUCAAAACCUAGAAGGCGCAGUUCCUACGGCUCCACUGCUCCAGGGACAGGCGCAACUACACCAGCAAUGCGUGGGGUUGACAGACUGAGAGAAAGCCUCGGUGGAGGUCCACGCAGGAAAAAUCAGCCUCCGUCAUUCAAGAUCACAGGCAAAGAACGUCUGUCUGACCAGGCAGUGGAUGACGCUCUUGCUUCACAACUGAACCCUGACUCCGAGCUGAACCGUCAACCCAAAGGAUCGAGACGCGUGAGCUCAUUACUUUCUCGCGCUGACCUGUCAACUAGCUUUGACAGGAGCGCAUUCCAAGAUAUGGCAACGUCACGCAAUAGUCUAGGCGGAAGCUUUUCACAAAGCUUCAACGCAAGUCAACGAAGCCGACACUCGUUAGGCCACGACCGGACUAGUUUUGGUGGUCUCUCGCAAUCACGUAACCGAGCAUCCACACCUGGUAGUGUAACUUCUCGAAUGAGCUUAGGCGCGGUAUCAAUCGACGAUACGCUAGACGAUCUCAUGGAUGAGGACACUUUCGACACUAUAGAGGACUACGACGAGCUUGACGAUUUGUACGCCCCGCCUGAUGCAAAAGGUGGGCCUCGGCCGGGCGAGGGGCUUCACAAAGAGUUGGUUGUUAGCGUAGUUGCAGAGGUACCUGUCACACAGUACCUAAAGAAUGGGCUGUUUACCCUGAGUAAUUCUUCGGGUUCGCAGCAUGAUACCCAGCCCAAGGUGCUUGCACUCAAUGCUCCGUUCAACUCGGCGACGCUUCACGAGAGAAAGCUGUACCUGUACAUAUCGCAUCCAUCACUGCAACUUCCGCUUGAAUGUGAGCUUGUGGUUACACGAAAAAGGCUAUCUCCGUCAGCAUCAGCAGCCCAGUCUCAAUCGAAUAGCGCUGCUCCACGCUAUGCUUGUGUUCCAAAGUUUGUCGACAGCCGAUUGCUAAACGACACACUAGACUUAGCAAAGAUCAGCGACGGCCACGUCGAGCGCGUCGUUCAGCUCAUCUCAACAAACCCCCAGGAACCUUGCUUAUCAUUGACAGCUGGAUGGGGUAGUCACCUACCAAUAAAGCAUAGCUUGGGUACAAUGAAGUUACACGACCCGUAUGCCAUACUUCAGCAUGAACAGACACGAACAACUGCGGGAUCAAAACGGAACAUCAAAGCCAGUACGCCACUGAAGCGGGUGUUUUCCCUUGGGCCGAAUGGAAAGCUUGAGGUAAUUGAUGGUGAUCUGCGUCGGCAUCGCAUCCAGCUACGCCUAUCGCCUUCAGAUGGUUAUGUAGCAGAACUAUUUCGAGUACUGUCAACCGUCCUGCCAAACUAUGCAGGGGACUUUCUCUUGGAAAUAUGGUGGAACAUACGCAAAUCAUUUGCAGAUGAGUUUGACGAACAAACGACCGCAGACUGGAUAGCAUUCGUAGCGACAUUAUUCACUCUCGCUGUUCCGUUUGUCGACGAGAAGAAGACAAAACCAAACACUCGGGCAAAGCCUGUACAGCGAAGAAGUUCAGGACGCCCUUCAAGUCAAGCUAAGCCAGAUGAGCUUAUUGAUGAUGACGACUCUGCAUGGCGGUUGAUGUGUCGUCGUCAGACCUCGAAAGCACAUGCGAAGAGCUGGGAAACAUCACCAUGGGCCUGGGCUUUACACUCAAGCCCGAAAUCGACUACAAUGAGUCCGUCCGCGAAACGUGGGGCACCGCAAUACCAACCGCCAACAAUUGUGCAGCAAAUCAGUGUUAAGGAUAUUACAAUCCCUACUUGUCUUGAUCUUGCUCGCCAAUACGUUCAAUCACCUAUAGGAAAAGCUACGAAUGAUCAUUGGAGGCGAUUGUCUCCAUCUGAAAAGCAGGACCUUCGCAUUUCGUCUCUUUCAGAGAUUGUUGUCUCGCUACAUCUCUUCCGCGAAGAGCGUAAGUUGAAUGCAGUGUGCCAGGACUUUACUGGUACUCAGCCUGGCAAUCUCGCACCUGUGUUGGCGCAGAUCGGCCACUGGCUACAUUGGGAUGCGUGGGACUGGAGACAGGGUAAUUUCUUUGACCUUGAUGGCGGGUCCAGUCUGGACUGGACAUAUGAAGAGUCCACGCUAACCAGCAAGGUGCGGGUGCAUUCACAGCCUUGGGAUGCACCACCUUCCAUAUUGGAGUGGCUGGGCUCUGUAACAGGUUCUCAGCACUAUGCUCCAUUUCCUACUCUAGCGAUGCUUAUUCGAAAGUCGAAAGCCUCUCCACACUCUUCCAUCAACAUCGACGAGAUCAUAGCAGGCGUCACGCCCAGGACCGUCGCUUUACAUAAAUUUUUCCGGGAUAUUGACCCUGCUUCAAGCCCGAGGAGAGUGGUAGAACUGAUCCAAAGCUGCGAUAUCAGUCCUGAGAUGUUGGCAACGCUCCCAGAAGCUGCAAAAGCUCCACUUAUGGAAGCGAUUACAAGAUGCCAAGCGAACCCGCCUACGACGUGGUCAAGCUCACUGCUGAAACUUGUGCAACGAGAGGACUUGGAUCUUAGUCUUACGCCGACUAGAGACUUUGCGCAUGAUAGCCACCUCAAUUCCUCUGGAGGUGCACUUCAUGCCAUUGGAACUACGCGUGACGUCCAUACCUUAUGUCAGGGCGCUGACCGCUUGGAGCCAAUUCAAUCAACAGCUGAAGUGGAUCGUCACUACAUCACACGUUUGAUCUUCCGUGAAGACAGACGGUUCAUGGAGGCCUACACACUACUUGAACCUUUGCGGCAGACUAUUGCCGAGUACAAAGCCGACAGUAGGCAGGAUGACGCCGCAAUGCUCGAAGGGCAAAAGGCACUCAUGCAGUGGGUCAUGAUCCGAACGUUUUCCCUUCCAGUCGGCAGCUCCAUGAUCAAGUUCAGUAGCAAGAAGCCACUGUUAACGGAGAGAUACCCACUGUAUGGCUUCUCUACGUCAUGUCUUAUGAAGCCAAUGGGGAACGUUGUCACUGCUGAACGCCAGAACUACACGGAGGAGAAGUACUUCUGGCCUUUCUUCAACGCAGGUGCUGCUGCUGGUCUGAGCAUCUCGCGGGAUGCGCAGGGCAUUGACACUUCAUGGAUCAUGUACAACAAACCUGCAGAGCUAACCAACAAGCAUGCAGGUCUUCUACUUGGGCUGGGAUUGAAUGGGCACUUGAGGGAGAUUGCCAAGUGGUUGUCAUUCAAGUAUCUUACACCAAAGCAUACGAUGACGUCGGUGGGCCUACUCCUAGGGCUCGCUGCUUCGUUUAUGGGCACCAUGGAUACGCUCGUCACUCGACUGCUGUCAGUCCAUGUUACUAGGAUGCUACCAGCAGGAGCAGCAGAGUUGAACUUGUCGCCGUACACACAGACGACUGGCCUCAUGGGCAUCGGGCUACUCUACUACAACACUCAGCAUCGUCGUAUGAGUGAGGUAAUGCUCUCCGAAAUUGAGCAUGUGGAGAUUCCAGACCCAUCUGAGCCACCAGAUACCCUUCGUGAUGAAGCUUACAGACUGGCUGCUGGUUUUGCACUAGGCUUUAUCAACCUAGGAAAGGGAAAAGAUCUACGUGGUCUUCAUGACAUGCGCAUUGUGGAACGCCUCAUGACAGUCGCUGUUGCGCCCAAGCCAGUUAAUGUUGUUCACAUCCUCGACCAAGCAACCGCCGGAGCGGUUAUAGCCGUUGCCCUUAUCUUCAUGAAAACGCACGAUAAAACAGUUGCCCGCAAGAUAGACAUCCCAGACACGCUCCCGCAGUUCGACUACGUUCGCCCCGACAUCUUUCUUCUUCGAACUCUCGCCAAGCACCUCAUCAUGUGGGACAACAUUGAGGCAAAUGACGCCUGGAUAAUCAAGAACCUUCCCGUCGAGUAUCGCGAAGCCUGGGAUCUCAAAGGCAUCACCCGACUACGCAGCGAGCAGAUGCCUUUCUACAACAUCCUCGCUGGUCUUCUAUGGAGCGUAAGUCUGAAACACGCUGGCACUGGAGAUAUCCAAGUCCGAGAUUUCCUAAUCCGGUACUUGGACCAAUUGAUCCGCAUCAACAAACUGGCCGCCGUACGUUACGAUUCCAAGCUAUCAAAGAACACAGUGCGAAACUGUCAAGACCUCAUCGCACUCGCCGCCGCGACCGUCAUGGCAGGAACAGGCGACCUAGAUGUAUUCCGCCGUCUACGUGGCCUCCACGGAAGAAUUGGUCAAGACAUACCCUACGGCUCCCAUCUCGCCGCCCAUAUGGCCUUCGGCACCCUCUUCAUCGCCGGCGGCACACAAACCUUCAGCCGCAGCAACAAAGCCAUUGCCAGUUUAAUUUGCGCCUUCUACCCCAUCUUCCCCUCUGACGUCCAAGACUCAAAAGCUCAUCUCCAAGCCUUCCGCCACUUCUGGGUUCUAGCCGCCGAACCGCGAUGCCUCGUCGUGCGGGACGUAGAUACAGGAAAAGCAAUCUCAAUGCCCAUUACUGUUACCUUGAAACCUACUCCCACCACUCGUAUCGAUAACGGUGACGGUGCAGCAGAGUCAACAAAGAAAACUCUAACAGCACCCUGUCUCCUCCCGGAACUUCACCUCAUCAGCAAACUAGAAACAGCAGACCAAACAUACUGGCCCACGACCCUAGAUUUCGUAAACAACCCCCUCCACCUCCGCUUCUUCCACGCAAACCAUCAAACACUAAACGUUCGCCGCCGCUCCGCUCACGACACCUACGCCACCGCUUUCAGCGCCACGCUCGUCGCCCUCAACGAGGCGCAGUCAAGUCGAACAUCGCAGCUACUGUUCCAUUGGGUCUUCACACUACCUGCGCUGCGCAUGUUUGUUUCGGCGAGUGAUGCUGGGUUGAUUUUGCCGCUGGAUGCACAGUCGAGGUCUUGGCUUGAUCCUGGGGCUACGGUUGUGGAGUCGAGGUUGGUCCUGGGGAGGCUGGCGAAGAGCUGGAAGGCGGGUGAGUUGAGGGAAUUGAGGGGUGUGUUUGAGUGGGCGGAUGGGGCGUCCAGGGGGGAUGGUCGGUUGAGAUGGUUGGGGAGGGAGGUUGUGGAGAGGAUUAGGGCGGGGGUUUUGGAGAGGGGGAGGGCGAUGGGUGGGGGUGGGGGUUAG